UCGUAACGGCGACCGAUAGGCGUACUUUCUGGGUGAGCCACAGGUCACGCAUCCCCUCGGUGGGGGUGUUCCGCGGCCGUGACUCGCGAGCGACCGUAACGGCGAGGGAAACUCGAACACUCCGCGACCCGCGCUAUCCUAGUCGCCAAUGUCUUCGCGAGCAGGUCCGCGGAUCAGCCCCACCACCGUGACCUCGCGGCCCGUGACCUGUCAUUUCGCGAGGCACUCGCGCUCGCGGCCGUCUCGGUGUCUGACGUGGUGGUUGGUGGUAGGACGUGAAUGUGAAUGUGUACCAGAGUCCCGCUGGCGCGGCUUGGCGCGGCUCGCCACGGCCGCAGUGUCAACAGCCCGGACCAGUAUUCGGACACAGCCGCACACACGAUUCGUAGACCGUGCAACACAGACACACUUGUCUCGUCUUCCCUCAGACCGAUCACGUCCGUCACCUGCGCUAAAGUCGGUGUUGAUUGUCCCAUAACCAAGCCAUACCGAUUUCUUUGCUAUGUAUGCUUUUAUCAUGGUGCUCGACGAGCGGAAGUUUGAGUCCAUGCGUCUGCGAGUGCCAGUGGAGAGCGUGGAGAGUGGAUUCCCAGUUACUGUCGGAGGAAAGGGGGCCGUUGUGCUUGGCACAGGUGUGACCAGAGCUGAAGCAAAAUUAAAUGGAACUGAAUACUAUAAUAGAUUAUGCAAAUGGCAUGGGGAGGAAAUGACUGAUUGGGAAUUCAAUACCCAGGAUUUGGGAGAGAAUUCACGCACCAGCCCCAACCGUGACGAAGAAAAACCUGGGAAGCGCAAAACAGCAGCAUCACAACAGGAAGGUCCCUUGAAGCGUCCCAAGCGAUCAUCUGAGUAAAUAUUUCCCAACAUUCAUGUAAAUUAAGACUUAAAG